AGGUCUGUAUCAAAGCAAGGUCACCUCUUGCCUCGCUUGCAUUUAAAGGCCAGGUAACUAAGCACACAACUGUAAAAUGGCCUAUUGAUUUUUUUGUUAUUAUAAUCAAAAUUACAUAAUUUUGAUUAAUAUUUUCAACUAAAAUUUCUUACACUAAUAUGGCAGUAUAAUAAUAGUUAUUAUAACCAACCUGCUGGUAUUUCUAUGGUAUUAAAAAUUUUAACUGGAAUUUCCAGAAGGUAGGCAGGAAAGAACGGUUCAAGUCAAUAUGAAUGUUUUUGGAGCAAGAUAAAUUCUGUUUAUUUUCUUUAAAAGAUUCUCUGGCACACAUCAUGUUAUUUCUAGGAGCCGAAGAGUGACGAGUGAAGGGAGAAAAUUUGAGAAAAUAAAAGUGUCAUGUAAAUUGUCUUUUCAGAGUUUGUACAAUUUUAGAACAAGUUGUAAUAAUGUACUCAAUCAGAUCACCUGUUUCAUGAUUUGAUCCCAAUAAAAAAUUUGCUUAAUUUAAUAUUUUUGUCAUCCGAAUUUUCCUCUGGAGUCUACCAAUCUUUUCAGGGGAGUCCCCUACUAUCACGUGUACAGCAAGUGAGAAUCGGUGGUGUGAUUUAGGCAUGCCCAUAUAAGGUGAGCCGACGUCCAUACUCGACCAGACCAAGGCCCCACCCAGCCCUUGCAAGUAGCCGGUAGCACGCUACAAACAUAACCUCCUUGGUAGCGCCAAAAUCUGCGGUUACAUUUGUUCAAAAUGCUCAAAUCACUGGGAGAUCCUUAUUUCGUGGCUAAAUUCCAGCGUGCGUUUGGUCUUAGGGAGAUUCGACUCGAGAAAGACAUCGCUUCUUCUGUGCGUGACCACAAGGACUCCCUCUCGCCAGCGAGCAAUGGGCAUUUCCCUGAUGGAGAUCUCGCUCAAAGCAGCCAUGUUCACACUGAUUCUUCAAAUCACGUCUUCCAUCGCAAUAGUUUCAACAAAGCUGAACCAUUCGAGAAGAUCAGAUCACCAGGCGAAGAAAAACCCGAGCAGUUGUACGAGUUCAACAGCUUUUUCCACACUCUGUUCGUGUUCGGUUCAACGUUAGGCUACGAAUCAUUUUACCUCACUUUCUUUCCGUUCAUGUUUUGGAACAUCGACGAGUACCUGGCUCGCAGAACCGUCAUUAUGUGGGCUGUUAUAAUGUACAUAGGUCAGGGUGCAAAGGAUGUAAUUCAAUGGCCAAGACCGCCUUGUCCUCCCGUUAUUUCUGUCGAAAAACGUUUCCAGGUGGAAUACGGUAUGCCGUCCACCCACGCCAUGGUUGGGACACUAAUUCCGUUUUGUUUGGUUUAUUUCACGUAUGACCGUUACCAGUAUCCGUUGUAUGGUGGUGUGCUAUUUGGAAUAUGUUGGUGUCUUUUGGUGUCCACCAGUCGACUCUACGUGGGUAUGCACACACUUCAGGACCUUCUCGCUGGAGUUGCCUUUGCAGUUGUUCUACUUGUUACUGUUCUUCCUCUUUUGGACACUGCUGUUGAUAGAUGGGUGUUCACCUCUCCAAACACUCCGAUAUUCAUAGUCAUUGUGCCAUUAGCCUUGAUAAUCCUGUACCCCUCGCCGCCAAAGUACACCCAGACAAAGAAAGACACUGCCACGAUACUGUUUGGUACAUGUGGUGCAUUGCUUGGUUCUUGGUUAAGGUUCUACAUGUACGGGUUCCCAGACCCGUAUUUAGGGGCACCAUACUCAAUCCGUAUUCCUGGACAGAAAAAAAUCAUUCAAAUGCUGUGUAAGUUUGUGUUUGGCAUCACAGUGAUAGUGCCUAUUCGUGCAGUCAUGAAAUCUACCGUUCACACCGUUCUGCCUUGGCUUCUCUCAGAGACUGAUCCAAAGAACAAGAAAGCUCUUUGUGAAUUGCCGCACUGUUUCUUUACAUAUACGGUUGUUGGCUUCACAGCAACAUUUCUUAUUCCACAGGCAUUUAUUUACUUUGAUGUGUGACUUUUAAUUCAUUAGUGAUAGUAGCUGCUUUUUGUAAGCAAUUGAUGGACGCGGCUGACAUGUUUACAUUCUUGUUGCCACCCUAUUCAGAUCAUGCGAUGAUUCAUUCGGGAGGUUACAAUUGUUCCGUUUAUACAUACUCUCAUGUAAUCAACUGGGUAUGGCAAAUUGUGCAAUAUUAUUGUAACCUUCCAAAUGAAUCAUCGCAUGGUCUGAAUUGGAUGGCAACAAAGGUGUAAUCACGUUAGCUGAAUCCAUACAUGGAAGUAUCAGUGAACUUAAAGCACAAGCAUAAAGACCUUAAGCAUUGACAGAAACAAUUCACAAGCUGUACAAAAUGUAUCUAGACUCAUGCAUUGUUAUUAAAUUUAAACUGUUUAUAAUAAAUAAAUACACAGCGGCAAAUAAAACAUUGUAAGUUUUUUUGGAAGAAGUGUUAAGUUUGUACAAAACCAGCCAAUGUGGUCUACAAUAAGGCGAUCUCUGCUGAUGUUAUUGCUAACAUUUUGACUUUUCUGUGGUUAAGGCAUCAAGGUAGAUAUGAAUUGACCUCGCACAGUUAAAGAGCUUGUGAAUGGUACAUGGUGAAAAUUUUAGCUCUUUGGGUGUAAUUUUGAAGGAAUUAUUGGCUUUCAAAAUCUGCAAAAUUUCUGGAUGACAAAAGCGCUAAUGAGCCCAUACAUUCUUAGUUUGUAAAGUUUCAAGUUUUUUAAACCCGUAUUGCACAAAAGGUAUUUGAUAUAUCAUUCUAAAUUUUGUCAGAAUACUUAAUCAUACCAUGACCUUUCAGUAUUCAGAACUGAUAUUUUUGUAACUUGAUCAGAAAGUGAAUUGCUUGUGUUAAUGAUAAGGAAUGUAUUUGGACAUCAAGACUGAGUUUACUUAUUUGCAUUAUGAAAUUUAACACCGAACCGACCAUUCAGAAUUGGGUUAUGUUACCAAGAUUUUAUAAUUAGUAAUAAUUUGUAAGGACCUUUACUAGACAAAAAAGAAAUUCAAAGUUGUCUCAGCAAGUUGUGCUAAUAUUAAAACAAAACAGAAUAACAUAAGCCAUAUAACAACAAGUUUGGUGAAAACAAAUUAAAUGGUUUUUGUUAUAGCGAAAUUAGUGACCUUCAAGUUGCUGACAGGAUAAGUUUGUGUCAAAUUAUAUUUCUCUGGUUGUAUAUUUAUUUUAGAGCAAUAUUUUUACUAGCCAUGUUGGUUACCUAAACUUAAGUAAGAAGUUAGGUCAUUAUAAAGUGAUAUCAAAUUUUGUUAUUGAAUUGCUAUUGGGUGCAAAGCUCUCAGGAAGAACGUGUUUUAAAUUAAAUCGGAUUCUGUUGAUAGAAAUGAUUAAAGAUUGUACAGUUCAACCCCUAUUAAACGGUCACCCUUGGGGAAAUGUACAGUGGCCGCUUAAAAGGGGGCUGGCUGCUUAA